GCCUCGGUGCCUCGGUGUUCCGGAAUGGCGUUCAGCAGCGCCUGAACAUCGAUUUGCAGGAAUACACCCACGAGAAGGCACUAGGGGCGCUGAGUGCCUUCUUCUUUGCCCCGGCGUUCGACUGGCUGGGAGACGAACGAGGCGAGCUCUUGGGCGAAGAGGACAUCCGGGAAUUGCUCCAAGGCACCAUUUUCCGCCAUGGAUGGAUCCUUAUGCUUCCACAUGUGUUGGGGGGCCUCAAAGUCUUGGGUUUGGCCGGCUCCAUGGACUUGAGCACCCGCGGGCUUGGUAACAAUACUCGGCUCGGCAGCAAGGUGUGGGGCGAUCCAUAUGAGGAAAUGGUGGCCGCGCUCCGGAAUGCAUGGCGGCGCCGGCGCAAACUCGCGCCAGCUGGCACUACCAGGCGCGCCCUGGACGCUCUCCUCACCGAUUUCGACGUGGCCGCCGCCCUGAGGCAAGCCGCGGCGCGGUCAGAAGCGUAA